AUGCCUUCACCCCCAGGAGACCCUAAGAGAGGAGAGAAGAUUUUCAAGAUCAAGUGCGCGCAGUGCCACACCGUCGAGAAAGGCGCCGACCACAAGCAAGGACCAAAUCUGUACGGCCUCUUCGGAAGACGGUCCGGAACAGCUCCAGGGUACACGUAUUCUGCUGCCAACAAGAACAUGGCUGUUAUCUGGGACGAGAAGACGUUGUACGAGUACUUGAACAACCCUAAGAAGUACAUCCCUGGGACCAAGAUGGUUUUUCCGGGACUGAAGAAGCCACAGGAGCGUGCCGGUCUCAUAGCUUAUCUGAAGCAGGCUACUUCUUCUUGACUCUUUUCUUACCUCUUUCUUUUCUGGUUACUUGUUUCUAGAUUGGAGUG